AUGUCGUUUGAAAAGUCGUGGCCAGAGUUCUCUCUGAGCAGUGAACAACAGUUCACCAACACCUCCGUGGUCAUUGUCGGAGCCGGCAUUGGAGGCAUGUGUGUCGCCAUCGACUUGAUCAAACGCAAUAACUGCCGAGAUUUUGUCAUUCUGGAGCAAUCUUCUGGAGUGGGCGGGACAUGGCAUGCCAACACGUACCCCGGCUGCGCUGUGGACUUGCAAUCCAUCGUCUACAGCUACAGCUUCGCCCCCAACAGCAAUUGGAGCCGAGACUUCCCUGGCCAGAAAGAGAUUCUCUCUUACUUGACCCGAGUAGCGCAGGAAUACAGGCUUUACGAGCAUAUCCGAUUCUGCUCAACUGCUGAGUCUGCGACUUGGGAUGAUGAGUCGAAGAAGUGGAAAACGAGCGUGACAGUUGCCAAAGGCUCCAAGGACGCUGAGGCCACUUCCAACUACACCAUUUCAAGUGACUUCUUCGUCAGCGCUGUAGGCCAACUGAGUCAACCUAAAUGGCCAGACAUUGAGGGUUUGGGUAGUUUCCAGGGCAAGACUAUGCACAGUGCUGCAUGGGACUGGACGUAUGACCUGAAAGAUAAGAGAAUCGCCGUUGUAGGAAGUGGUUGCAGUGCUGUCCAGAUUGUACCUGAGCUUGCAAAGGUAGCGAAGAAGGUCACGGUUUUCCAAAGAACGCCUCACUGGAUCCUACCUCGUGGGGACUACGAGAUCUCAAACGCGAGGAAAGCGCUUUACCGUUAUUUUCCCUUCUGGCAGCGGUACUGGCGCAGACGCUAUGUAGACCUCAACGAGACGGAGUUCAUUUCGAACAACUUCAUCGAUCAUGAGGAAAACAAAAAGCUGAAACAGGCAGCUCUGGACAUGAUGCGAGAACAGCUGCCCAAUCAACCAGAGUUAUGGGAGAAGCUGACACCCAACUACCCGGUCGGCGGCAAGCGAGUGGUGGUCUCGGACUUCUUCUUCCCAUCCCUGAAUCUUCCCAAUGUCGAGCUCGAAGCGAGGUCUAUACACAGCAUCAACGACCAAACUGUGCGAGUUACCGACGCUGCUGGCCAGGCUGAAGAUGCAGACUCUCACUACGACCUCAUCGUCUUUGCAACUGGCUUUCGAGCCACAGACUUUCUUCAUCCAAUCAAGGUCUUCGGCCGGAAAGGUCGGGCCUUGCAUGAGAUGUGGAAAGACGGCGCCCGGGCUUACCAGGGCACCUGUGCCGACGACAUGCCGAAUUUCGGAAUGGUAUUGGGGCCAAACACUGGCCUGCUCCAUAACAGCUUUAUCUUGAUGAUCGAGGCCCAGAGUCGAUACAUCAACGGCUUGAUCAAGCCGGUGCUAGAGGCUCGGAGGCUCGGAGGAGCACUGAGCUUGACGCCUCGCCCGGAGAAGACCGAAGAGUACAAUGCAAUACUCCAACACCGACUGAAGGACUUUGCCGUGAACAACUCUCAAUGCAACAAUUGGUACAAGAAUGAUUCUGGGCUGAUUACAAAUCUUUGGCCGGGCAUGGUGCUGGAGUUCCAGAAGCUGAUGGAGCAGGUGAAUUAUGCGGACUACGAGUCCGAAGGGUCUUUGAAAGAAAUUGUACAAAAGCGGCCUUUACACAAGGUUGGCCGCGUUGUCGAGGAGGGUGGCAUUCUUGAGAAGCUUUCCUUGACACAUGUUGUAGCACUUGGCACCGGUACGGUUGUCGGAGGACUCUUGAUGCGCAGACUCGUUACAUUGUCAUAG